AUGAAUAUUCUUUCAUUCAUUCUUCCUCUUUCAAUGCUCUUCAUUCUACAUAGCUCAUCUUUUGCAUUCAUUUUCCUCUUUCUUGAUGCUCCUAUUCAACAUUGCCCAUCAUCCCCUUCAUUCUACCACUUUCAAUCCUCUACAUUCUACAUGAAUAUUCUUUCAUUCAUUCUUCCUCUUUCAAUGCUCUUCAUUCUACAUAGCUCAUCUUUUGCAUUCAUUUUCCUCUUUCGAUGCUCCUAUUCAACUUUUGCCAUCAUCCCCUUCAUUCUACCACUUUCAAUCCUCUACAUUCUACAUGAAUAUUCUUUCAUUCAUUCUUCCUCUUUCAAUGCUCUUCAUUCUACAAAGCUCAUCUUUGCAUUCAUUUUCCUCUUUCACUAUGCUCCCCUCAUUCAACUUUGCCCAUCAUCCCCUUCAUUCUACCACUUUCAAUCCUCUACAUUCUACAUGAAUAUUCUUUCAUUCAUUCUUCCUCUUUCAAUGCUCUUCAUUCUACAUUCCUCUUUCAGCUCAUCUUUUGCAUUCAUUUUCCUCUUUCGAUGCUCCUAUUCAACAUUGCACAUCAUCCACUUCAUUCUACCACUUUCAAUCCUCUACAUUCUACAUGAUUAUUCUUUCAUACAUUCUUCCCCUUUCAAUGCUCUUCAUUCUACAUAG